UACUGAACUGGUGCAAUAAGUUAGAGUGAGAAAACAUAUACUUGUCUCAUUUUAACUUAUUGCACCAGUUCAGCAAUGUAGCUGAAAAGACAGACCAAUGUUCACGCGUGAAAGGCGGUGUGUUGAUUUUGACAAGUGUCAAGCUGCUUUUGAGAUUUCGGUUCUACGCGAAAUAUGCUGAUAAUAAUGAACAGAGUGAAACGAAUCGUGACACGAAGAUUGCGAUUUUUAUGAGACGGUGCGCACUUGAGUAUAAAUACGUUAAAAUCUUGUCAAAAAUUUACCGGAACUCGCGGCCCAGUCGUGUUUAGGUUAUCUUCGUGCUCCUAUAUUAUCCUUUUAAAUGGAAGAGGUGACGGUCAACUCAUCGGGACUGCGCUUAGAUGGAAACAAUCACAUGGUCGUGUCGGGUGAUAAGACACCCAGCGGGAGUGACAGCGACGCAGAACGUCAGGGUGGAGAUCGCACGCCGCAGCAGUCUGAGAGAUUAAUCGACAAUUCUAUUUUUAAUACCAUUUCCCAAAUCGUCAAUCCCAAUGCAAAGGUGCCAGAAAUUGAGGACUUUAAAAUAGUAAAGCCAAUAAGCAGAGGAGCGUUUGGUAAAGUAUUCUUAGGAUACAAGAAGUCUAAUUCCGAGCAAGUGUAUGCGAUUAAAGUGAUGAAGAAAAACGAGAUGAUCCAUAAGAACAUGGCGUCGCAGGUUGUGAUCGAGCGUAACGCGCUGGCCUUAACCCGCAGUCCAUAUUGUGUGCAACUAUUUUACUCGCUGCAGACUGUCAGCAGCGUGUACCUAGUCAUGGAAUACAUGGUGGGUGGUGAUCUCAAGAGCCUGGUCGGCUUUUACGGCUAUAUGGAGGAAUCCAUGGCUGCGUUUUACACAGCAGAGAUGUGUCUGGCGCUGGAAUAUCUUCACUCGCACGGCAUCGUACACAGAGACUUGAAGCCGGACAAUAUGCUUCUGUCGAGCGAAGGACACGUCAAGCUUACGGACUUUGGACUUAGUAAGAUAUCGUCCUUACACAGGGAUCUCGAGAUAUCGGAUCUGGUGAAUUGCACGCCCAACCUGUGCACCAGAACACCCGGUCAGCUCCUUUCGUUGACCUCCCACCUAUCCUUCGGAUCCGCGCAGAAGUCUACUAGCGAAUCGAACAUGAGCGAUUCGAGCACACUGGCCAUGAACUUGCUCUCUGCGCUGCAGAAAAACAGUACUAGACCGCAAUCUUCACCAAAUUCGAUUAUCUCCUCAGUUGCGUCUGGUGAUUAUUCACGAGUAUCUGGUAUCACGCCGUUUCAGUCGGUGGAAGAUCUGCACUUGGAAGACAUGGGACAGAGCACGACGAAAGAUGAGAACAUUAGGAACGGCGAGCGAGGCCCGCCAGGCAUCGACAGCAAUAGUUCUGACAGCUACCACACCUGCGAAUCGUCAUCCAUUCAAACGAACAAUCAUACGAUUCAGAACACAGAAGACGAGGACGAGUCUACGCUCGAGGCUGAACAAUCGCAACAGCCUCUGCAAACCAGUCCACUGAGCACCUGGGUGAAAUCGUUCGGCAGGGGAGCGAAGAGGAAACGACACAAUGAAUCUACGACGACUACCGGCUUAACGUGUGAGCUCAAUGCGAUGGAAUUGGAUGUCACCAAGACACCCAAGAGGAAGAACCGUGGCCCCUUAUUCUCCGACGCGAACACGGCGGUUAACGUUACCGCGUUAUCUGAUAAACCGAUGGACACUACGAACGACACGAGCAGCGAGCAAGACGCCAGUUCUGCAGGUCGAGUAGCCUUCAGCACCCCAGUGUCUUCCACUAAGCAAAAAAACCGCGAGAACGGAGAGCAACGGAAAUACCAGGAGGAGAAUGGUGCUUUGAUUAAAACAACGAGAUUUCAUCUACCACCACCGUCCACCUCGCACUCCGCGCCAAACUUACACACGUGCGACACAUCCGACGGCCAUCGUUCGCCCCAGGGUAUCUCGCCUAUCAAAACACCCACGACUUUGAGCAACUGUUACACGCCUUACAGAACGCCGAAGUCGGUUAGAAGAGGCGGCCAGACUGCGGCUAACAGGUCGGACGAUCGUAUACUCGGCACGCCCGAUUAUCUCGCGCCGGAACUGUUGCUCAAGAAAGGUCACGGGCCAGCGGUCGACUGGUGGGCGUUGGGUGUAUGCCUGUUUGAAUUUUGCACGGGUGUGCCACCGUUUAACGAUGAGACGCCGCAAGCGGUAUUCAACAACAUCUUGGCACGGGAUGUACCGUGGCCCGAAGACCAGGAAGCUCUGUCGUCAGCGGCGACUGACGCUAUCGACGCACUGCUCACCUUGGACCAGGCGACGCGUCCUUCGGCAAAGGAGGUCCGUGCCAUGACUCUCUUCCGGAAUUUUCCCUGGGACGAGCCGUCGACAGCCACGCCGCCUUUCAUCCCGCAGCCGGAUGAUAAGUACGAUACAUGCUACUUUCAAGCGAGAAAUAUUCUCCAACACUUGAAUGUAAGUCAAUGCGAUACGUAGUCUUCGAUGGACGUGGCAGGAAUGGAAGCCUACAGUAUCGAAAUAUUACUAUAUGUAACUUUAUUCUCUUUUUUUUAUAUGUACUUGUGUAUGUAUAGUAGUAUAAAAUACUUUGUCAGUACGUGAAAUCGCGCGAGCUUGCGUUCGUUUUCUUACAGUAAAUGGAUGAUGAUGGUAUUAUUUAGCGAUGAGAAAGCGUACAUAGAGCACGAUGAUAUGGAACUUGAGACGAGUUGAAACGUUCGCAUCUUGCAUAAUUAAAAGGAAAAAAAAAGAAAAUGACAGUCACACUUCCUCGAAAGUGUGACCACGUGUUGCUGCUUUCGAAACACGAAAGCAUAUCUCUUUUUAAUACCGCUGUAGGAAGCUCUAUCUUUGUUAGGGCUCGAGAGUUUUUUAUCACAUUUUUCGAAGCGAAUGCGGCGAAUGCUGCGUUUUUCGACAAGCCUUCUUGCGGCUGUGCGAAUCAGAGGCAGUAGAUUAUUGUAUCCUCUAUUUUAGAUUUUUAUAAAUCCACGGUAAAAAGUGCGUCACUCUCGUGUAUACGCCUGGAUAUUGUCCUUUACCGCAGCCUAUUCCCCAUGAUACAAUGCCAACUUGCUUCCAACGGCCAUCAUUAAUCAUUAGAGGGCCUCCACUAUCGCCCUGUAGAUAAAUAUAGAAAUGCAAUGUUAUUAAUUUUUAUUAUGAAAUUUUUGUAUACAUAUAAAUAUUAAUUGCAGUCCGUAAUUUAUUGCGAAAUAAGAUCACCUGAUUUUCACUAAAUUUCGCCUUUUUAUGGAAUUAAUCGAUAAUUUUAGACUAAGUAAUAAAUUAAUUUUGCUUUCGUCCAGGAAAACUCAUCAAUAUAUCGCAUUCAGGGUUACUAUGUUAUUUACAUUAAAAAAAAUUGUUCGAUAGAAAAUUAUCAAACGGAUACUUUCGAUUAAAACUUGAUCAAAUACCGAUUAAUUUUUAUAAUCAUUAUAAUCAGGGAACAUUCGAUGAGAAAUAUUUAUUUUUGAUUGGACAUCAAAAUUGAUCGGAAUUUAAUCGGAAAUAUCCGUUUGACAAUUUUUUUGUCAAUUAACGUCUCUCAGUGCAAUGACCGCGAUAUUUAGAGCGACAAAUGUAAAGUGCGAAUACCAACCGAGCAUGAAUCCUUAGCGGCUUGACCAGCACACAGGAAGCUAUCAACGAUUCCUCCCGGUGCUGCUAUACCAUAUUUUAAUUUGCACUCGCUAUUUGACCAAACCGGGAUUGAAACCUCCUGCAGAACCGCUGGUUGCACCCCACCUGAUAGAAUACAAUAAAUUAUAUUGUUAGAUUCU